AUGCCUUUCAACACUGAGCUGACCCGACGGUUGGGUAUCAAAGUACCCAUCGUCCAGGGCGGCAUGCAGCACGUCGGCACAGCCGACCUCGCCUCGGCCGUCUCCAACGCCGGCGCCCUGGGAAUCAUCACCGCCCUCAUCUUCCCGACCCCCGAAGAGCUGCGCAAGGAGAUCCGCCGCUGCAAGACCCUCACGAAGUACCCCUUCGCCGUCAACAUCACCCUCCUGCCGGCGCUCGUGCCCCCGGACUACGGCGCCUACGCCCAGGUCGUCAUCGACGAGGGCAUCCGCAUCGUCGAGACGGCCGGCAACUCGCCCGGGCCCGUCAUCAAGCAGCUCAAGGCGGCGGGCGUCACGAUCCUGCACAAGUGCACGACGAUCCGGCACGCGCAGAGCGCCGUGAAGCUGGGCGUCGACUUCCUCAGCAUCGACGGCUUCGAGUGCGCGGGCCACGUGGGCGAGUCGGACAUCACCAACUUCAUCCUGCUGUCGCGCGCGCGGCAGUCGCUCAAGGUGCCGUUCAUCGCGAGCGGCGGCUUCGCGGACGGCGAGGGGCUCGCGGCGGCGCUGUGCCUGGGCGCGUGCGGCAUCAACAUGGGCACGCGCUUCAUGUGCACGCUGGAGGCGCCAAUCCACCACAAGAUCAAGGAGGAGAUCGUCAAGGCGCAGGAGACGGACACGGCGCUGCUGCUGAGGCGGUGGAGGAACACGACGCGCCUGUACCGCAACAAGGUCACGGAGGAGGCGAUCAAGGUCGAGCAGGAGAGCACCUCGGGCGAGUUCUCCGAGAUCGCGCCGCUGGUUAGCGGGAAGCGCGGGAAGGAGGUGUUUAUCACUGGUGAUCCGGACUAUGGCGUCUGGACAGCCGGUCAGGUCAUUGGACUGAUUCAUGAUAUCCCCUCGGUCAAGGACCUGGUGCCCAGGAUAGAGAAAGAGGCCGAGGCGGCGCUGAAGGAGAGGUUGUCGCUCAUCCAGCCGGUAGCGAAAUUGUAG